AUGCUGCCUAAUGAUGAUGAGGACAGUAGGGAUCCACAACAUCUUCUGAUCCCUUCAUCCUCCCAACAGCACUAUAUACCACAUUCAGAUCAAGACCUGAUCAAGCCUCUUGAUCAUUCUUCUUCAGCUCUUGCAAACAAGUGGAAAGAGAAGGUCCAUAAGGCAUUUCAGCUCCUCUUCAAGGACCUAGCAGCAAAAGAAAAGUCCAUGGAACAAUUGAAUGUCAUUGUCAGCAUGAUGACCAUCCAGCUGGACAUCCUGAUCACUCUCAAGACUGGUGGAGGGAAAAGUGCUCUUUGGAUGAUUGCCCCUCUCAUUGAUGCUAAAAAUGCUGCACUGCAGGGCUUUGUUAAGAACCAUGUUGCUCAAGGGGGAGAGAGACUGACUCAGAGGGGCUUGGCCUCAGCUUGUAUGCUGUGCCCCUUACCCAAUCUGGAGGACUUCCGGAGGCUGGCUACUCUGCUGGAGAAUGCUAGAGGACUUCCAGAGGAGCGCGGGAAACGUCCAGAGGAGUGCGGGAGAGUUCCGGAGGAAUGCAGGAAGUGCUCAGGAGAGUUCCCACCACAAGGUAAUACUUCUACAGGAAACAGGAUGGAAGGAUAG